GAUACUAAUAUUAACGUUAAAUAUCUUUUAAUCUAACUUUACAAAUGCACAAUGUCACGUAGUUCGUGUGAUUUUUUGAAACUACCCACCAAAGUCUACAAUUAUAUUAUCAACUACCCAUUAUGAAUAUUUAUUACGCACAUUGUUCUGUAUUAAUUAAAGUAGCUGAAAGUAAGCUAAAAAUGUCUCGAAGCUACUGCAGCUACGAUGAAGACUGGCAGAGAAGGAAAUCCAUACUUAUUCGGAGUCUUUUUCACGAUCUACCAACUCUGUCUCCAGUCACAGAAGAAUCGGAUGACUCGUAUCCUCCUGUGAGAUCUUGCGAGCAUCUGGAAGUACCACAAAGACUCUGCAGCCCUCUCCCUCCCCUCAUAAUAGAAAGAAUACCGAAAAUAAAUAAACACGACGAACCAGAAGAACACUAUAAGAAACUAUACAUAAAAAUCAAAAGAAUAUAUAGUAGGUUGUUCAUUUUAAAUCAGAAUCUAAGUAGCGAUGAAGAAUUCUUUAGUGAUAGAUCAAUAACUGAUCAUGAUAAUGAUUUACACAGCCCCAUUGCAAUCAAUAAUCAUGACAAUGACUUAAAUAAUCCUAAUACUUAUACAUUUAAUAGCCCAGUUAAUGAAGAUGAAGAUAGCAAUGAUUUAGAUGAUGAUCAUAGCGAUGCUAAUGAUAAUACAAAUUCUAACGAAGAUAAUGUUAGAAAAAGUUCUGAUUCCAAUGUUUCUAAUGGGUAUCACGCUGAUUCUGAGUCUAUAGAGACUGUUAUUGUUGAUGUUCUGAAUUAUACCAAAUCUACCAAUGAAGAGGCUUCUAAAAAUACUGAAGAAGCUUCCAAAACUUCCGAAAAAUUAGAAGAGGAGUCAGAAUCAAUAAAUUUGAAGGAAGAAGAAGAGAGUAAUCCUGAUAAAAGUAAUGACGACAGAAGUAGUGAUCAGGAGGCAGGUAAUGAUGAAUCAUCUAGCACUAAAGAAAAAGAUAAUGGCGAUGAAUCAUUUGUAGAAGAAGAAUCAAGUGUGUCAUUAACUUCUAAUCAACAAACAAAUGCAAUGUCAACUGCUGUAAGAACAGCUCAAGAUAUCAUAGAUAAUACAGAAAAAACAAAUAACCAGGAGAUGAUUGAAGAAGAAUCAGACGAUAAAUCAAUUAGUUAUCAAGAUACUCAGAAUAAAUCUAAUUAUAGUACUGAAGAAAAUAAUCAAGAACUUCCUAAUCGAGAAAAUUUAGUAGAAAUCAUAAGUCAAGAAGAAAUAACAGAUCAAGAGAUGUUAGGAGAAGAAAAUAAUGAUAAGAGAAAUACAAAUCAAAGUCGUAAAUCUAGUAUUACUUCAGAAGAAAGUUAUCAAAACAUUUCUCAAAAAGAAAUAACUAAAAAUCUGAGACAAGACCAACGAAAUAGAUUUGAAGACUUGAACAAAUCAAGAAUGAAUAUAGCAGACGCAGAUGAAGACGAAUUUGAUCAUUCUUCUACAAAUGACAAGGAAUGGAAUGAUAUUGAAGAAUCUGAAAGCCUUGAAGAAGAAAACAGUAAAGAACUAACUGAUUCUGGUCUAGAAGAGAUAGAGAACGCAAAAGAAUUAGAAGAAGAGGAAAAAGAAGAAAAAUUUGCUGAUAUGCCAACUGAUAUGAUGGAAGAAGAUGAAACGGACGUCAUGUCAGAUAUAGGUUCGCACUUUAGACAGAUUACAACCAAAGCACUAGUCCAUGUGGACGCCUUUCAAGAUCUACCCGAAAUAGAGAGCCAAGUCUAUGAAGGUUCUCCAAAGAGUAUUAUACUCCCUGUAAGACGGAUGAAGAGGACUGCAGCUCAAGCUAUGCUGGAUAAAAGAGAAGAACUAAUGGCAGGGGGAGGAAAUAAAGAAUCUAGACUAGAAACCUCAGCAGAUAGUAAUCACGCGUCUUUCGAAAACAUUGAAGAAAUGAGGAAUCGAAAACGAAAGUUAUCUCAAGUGACAGAACCAGAAAUAAAUCAAGAAAGCGUUUCAGAAGAAAGCAAUGAAUUUAAUAGAAGUACACAUGACUUAACAGAUGUGACGUCAUCAUCGCAAAAUGGCGCCAACUUCAACAUUUCUAAACGGAAGACGUCAGAUGAUUUGGGUGAAGUUUUAGCACGUAUCUUGAAUGAUAGUGAAAAUAAUGUUAAGAAUAUUCGUUUCUAUAGAGAAAGGAAAAAUUUUGAAGAUGUUUCCGUUCAGACGAGUGAGAAUGUAUCAUGGGAUGAUAUUCGUAAAGAGUUAUUUGUUGGUGUGCCGAAGAUAAUGCGGCUUUGCUCAUGUGUUGAUCAUGUUUGUCAGUAAUUUCAUAAUUGGAAGUAGAAGGUGCUUAGGUAUACGCUACCCUCAUGA